UCUCUUCCGGCAGCUUCCUAGGAAUCUGCGCGUGACGUGCAGGCGGGGGAGGGAAAAGGUUUCUAUAGCAGCGCCGAGAGCCAACCAACAAACAGGAGCCCAUCUGGCCCGAGAGUUCUUUUCCCCACCAAGCUGCGAGUUCACCUUUCGAGAAAAAGGGGUCGGUGAGGGAGGGAGCAGGAUGGACUCCCUCAGUUCAAUUGAAGUUGAGUACAUAAAGAAUUUGCAAAAACAAAUCUGCUUACUAGAAUGUGAGACAGCUUAUCUUAGAGAGAAGGCAAAGAAUGCUACACACAUUCCACCUAAAGUUAACAGAAAAGCUGAAAAGUUAUUGCAAACAAUGAAGGAAUUGGAGGCUAUCAUAAACACAACAGAAAUAGAUAUAGCAAAGAAAGAAAACAGCACCAAGCUCUAUGAAGCUGAAACUCAAGCAAUACACAAGCGUCUUCAAAUACUGUCUGAUGCAAGUGCUAAAGAAAAGCUGCUAUUAAUGGAGGAGGUUACAAAACUGAAGAAAAUGGUUGAACACUCUACCCAGGAUAUUUCACACAAAGAAGCAGAUCUGCUAAAAAUUCAGAGAGAAAUACAAGAGACUGUGAAUUCAGUAAAAGAAAAAGAACAUGCUGUCUGUCUUUUGGAAUCACAAUGUCAGCAGCAGAUUUGGCAACACCAAGAAAUGGAAAAAAACCUUUCAGAACGCAGAUCAGAGUGCACACAACUGCAGGCAUUGCUCUACCACUUAGAAGAGAAAUUAUUGACAAGCUCCCAAUCUUCACAACAGUCUACUGCUAAGGAACUUAGUCAGGAGGCCGAAAAAUUAAGGCAGAUCCUCAAGGAAAAUGAGCUUUCAGCUGAUGAGGAUAAGUAUUUGCUCAACAAGAUGGCAGAAGAUUGUAGACAUCUGACGAAGGAGAAUAGCCUUUUACAAGCUCAAAUGCAGAAAGUUAUCAAGCAUCUAAACCAGGAAAGGCAGCUGAGAGAGGAGGAGACUUCUUCCUAUUCAAGAAGGGUGUCUGAGCUAGCAUUAGGAAGAGAGAAAGAACGGCAACUUAAGCUGGGACUUACCUACUUGAAGACUCUGUUACCGAACCUAAGACGGAAGGUUCUUAAAGCCCAGGAACAGGUACUUCAUCUACAAGAAAGAAAAUCUAUGGAUCACAAAAGGCAACAUCUUCAAACACAACUAAUUGAUUUAGAAAAUCAACACACCAGAGUGCAACUGGAAAAUUCUAAACUGAGAACAGAGAAAUAUCAUUGGGUGGAACAUAUUUCUCAAAUACACAAACAGAUUGCUGAAAACGAGAAGGAAAUCAGUUUUCUGCACAGCCAUGUUUAUACCUUGUCCUGUGAUCUCAACAACUUGAAAUCUGAAGUCAAUAUGGCCUCUAUUCCUCAGAAGGAAAAAGGGAAAGAUAUCUCCAAUAUAUUAACAGCAAACUGUACUUCAAUGAACUAAUGUUGGAAACAGUUAAUUUGCCCUUAUAUAAAGAUCAUGUUUUUAAAAGUUUCUUUAAAUCAAGUUGUAUUUUAUACAUGGUACUAUUUAAAAAAAAAAAUCCUAGAGAAAUUACUGUAUAUCUGAAGAUAAAUUAAACUAGGUCUUUUGUUUCAGUCAGUAUUUUAAGUAUUUGUAUAUUUUCAAGAUAGUAAAUGUUAAUUUCAAUAUAUUUUUUAAACCUUUUGGUUGUUCAUGGAUCAAUUAUCAGUGCCAGUGAAAAGAAUAGGACUUGCAUGAUAUCCUUACUGACAUAAUUAUGUUCAAUAUACAACAAAACUCUGUAUUGUUUUCACAAUCAACCAUCUCAAAGUGAAAAUAAAUUAUCUAUUUUAAAAGUCAGAAUUCUUUCCAAACUUUGCUUCCUGUAAAAGAUCAGGUGCAUUAACUCUUCACAAUAUCUCUAAUGGAUAAGUGCCAUCUGAAUCACCCCAUUCAACAGACAUUUAUCUGUAGAGUCCAAAUUACCCCAUUUAUUUUCUAGAAAAAUAAAGAGGGGAAAUGUAAGCCUUUGGUAUGUGGAAGGUUCAAUCUUACAGCAUUACGAAGAGAAGAGGUUAGUGCCAUUUUGAUGUUGUUCUUGUACACAUUCUACACAAUUCUCUCUACAGCACCAAUUCCAUAAAGAAUCUACUUAGUACAGCCAUGUAAAUAAUUUGGAAGGGCACUUCAAUUCCCACAACUUUGCAAGUAGGAUCCUAUAAUUCUGUAGGUUCUAUUUGACUGCUUCAAAGGUCUUCCCACAUCACCUGUUUUUCUUCACAGGCAGUUUCAGCAGAACUUUUGUGCACACAAAUGCAUGAACAGCCAAGCUGAGAAAGGGUCUAUACUGAAUCAUUGGGUUCAGUGUUCCUGUUCGCUUGAAGAGUUGCUAUGAUUGAAUCUUUCCCUGCCCCAACCCCAAUUAAUUGCCCAGUCCUAGAACUAUGUUUAGCAGUUCUACUUGGUCUAUCUUCUAAUGAACAAGACAUACAUAUUUAUUAAUGGUGUUGAAAUUGGGACAAGAGUGCAGAAAUUAAGAUUGCUGUUUGGGAUGAUAUGCAUAUUAAAUUAAGGGUUCUCAGGUUGUUCUGACAGGCAGAACACCAUUAUAAGAAAAGAUGACACGAUUCAAAAUGUUCAACUUAAUAGUUAGCUAAAUGCGCAUCCUGUCAGAAGUAUUUGGUGGAUUUCUACCAUACACUUCUGCAUAGAUAGAAGCACCCCUACCAUGCUAAAAAACAUAUUUAAUAUAUUUUAAAAUGUUAUAAAACCCUGCAGACAUAAAUGAAGGUAAACUGAGAUUCAAAGGGGCUUACAUACGCUAAUUUGAUUCAAAAUUAAAUAGGUAAGCAAAUUUGUGAUUUUAAGGCUAGUAGCCAGUCUAAGCAAAACAGCAAAGCAAAUACCUUAUAAUCACACUCCUAGAGACAGAUUUCACCAUAAUUCUUGUAAAGCUACAAAUGAAGCCCAGAGCUAUACUAAGGCACAUACCCUUAGGAGGACACUGAGGAGAUACCCAUCUAUAUUAUUUCUUGCAGUUUCUUAAAACUGUAUGCAGUAGCUUAAAAUAUUUAAAUACAUUUUAAACUAUGGACAUUAUUCUUUUUAUUAUGCUUCAGAUUUUUACACUUGUAACUUUUUAAAUUACCAUAUUUUGCUUUAGUUCUGUACAUUUUUCAUACUGUAACUGUAUUUAGAAAGUAAAGCUUGCAUAAACAAACAUGCCUCGUGGCUGAAGGCUUAUAGUGUUUUCCUGUGUGUAGGUCUAUUUUGGAAAAUUGCUUAAUAGUAAUAUAACUAAACCCCCCCCCCAUCCCAGCUCACUGCUUUGGUAAAUCAAUCCCCCAAAUCCAAGAAGCUGGAUGAUUAAAUAAAGGUACUAGAUGGGUUGGUUUUUAAUAGCAGUGCAGAAGUUGCAGCCCAUAACAUAGCUCCCAGAAAUCUAAGCCAGUUUUGAGGAUUGGUGUGAGAUGCUGAAGUUAGGGUUCAACAACAACUGAUUCUUAAUCUCUGGUUUAUAAACAAGAACUUUUUUGCAAAAUAUAGAUUGCCACAAAAUUUGUCUUCCAAUUAAUCAUAACCAAUAAAAAGAUCAGUCUACAGAAUCAGUUGUUUAAAAUUCAACAGCUUUCCCUGAUAAAAGAAUCUUGAUAAUGCUUGUUUUUUUAAAGGAACAGCUAAAAUGCAACACUUAAGAUUUAGCUAAAAAACAAACAAAAAACACCUGACUAGAGAUGCAAAAUGCACAACAAUUUAU